UUAAAAGCUAGCAUAUUGCCACUAAAUACUGGUAAAAAGACUGCUAGAGUAAUGCGUGGCGAUUCAACCUGCUCUUCAGCUUGCCGUGAGGAAUGCGACCCGGCCGGUAGUAUCUGGUUUUUGGAAAGGAGGCGGUGCAGUGGGAACUUUCUCAAGCAAGGAAGAAACUUGCGCUCCCUCCUUUUAAGCGAACUAUUUCAUUUAAUUGCUCUCUCUGUGACGAAGAUAAAUGUGUUAUAUACAAAAUAAUGUUAGUAUUUCAAGUCAAUUGUGUCGUUGGUUCUGGAAUGUAGUGACUAACAACUACAACAGUUUUUUUUUUCUUUCUUACGGCUGGGAAGUGAUUGAACAAAUCCGUCUUUGAACUGGAACGACACAACUUCGGUGGAAAAGUGGAAUUUAAUUUGCUUUUUUAAAAUGUAUUUAUUUAUUUUUAUUUGAUGAACUAUUCUUAAUUAAUUUUACAUCUGCUUGUAAAGAUUUUGUGUAGUUUCCGUUGUGAUGGAACGUUGCAGACUUUUGAAUAUUUGAUCUUCAAAAUACUGCAAGAACGUAGCGUACACAUAUAUUUAAAUGUAAGAUGUACCCAUUUUCAUAAUUAAUAUAAGCUGGUUACAUGAUGGGUGAUGUAGGAGAACUCGCCGAUAGUGCAUUGAACCAAACAGGCGGCCUCGAUGUGUCUGAGAUCAUUUCCCUGUGGCACAAGGAAUAUUUAACCAAAUGCUUCGCAAACGAGAAAGUUUGUAUGUCAUUUGGUCUGUGGGUCAUAUCCGCCUUCCUGUGGAUCGUAGCACAUACGAUGCUGAUAUGUCUGCAGUGCCAGAAGAAGCCAGUCCACUCUAGCAGCUCUGCGUUCAUCACCAUCUACAGCUUUCUGGGGAACAUGUGCAACACCCUGGGAGCCCUCUUAGCAAAACAGCUCACUGUACAGGUCUUUACCGGAGCCUACUUGACCGCUGUAGACAUUCUUUACUUCAUCCUCAUUUUCUUCCCUGUCUGUAAAUGGGAGACUUCAACCAGCGGAGGAAGCAGGAAGAAACUCAAGAAGAGGAGGCGGAAUAGGAAUGUGUUUGCCGUCACACUGCCCCUUGCUGUGGGAUCAGGGUACUACAUCUCAAAAACCACAUUUCAAAGCAAGCCCUUUGAGAACGAGUUUCAUGGGACCGGGAGACGCCUGCUAACCACAUUUCUGCAGUUUAGGAUCUCCAGGUGUGGUUUCUCUUCUCAGGAUAACACAGAAAUCCUGGGCUAUGCACUGGGCUUGGUGGCGUUCAUUAUCUGCUGGACGGCUAAGUUUUCUCACAUCUCCAGAGCAUACAAAGCGAGGAUGUUCUCUGCAGUCCUUAUCUGGUCUCAGGUGUUCUCCAUCUUGGCCAGUGUCCUCUAUGCAGCAGCCAUCUUAUUCCACGACAAACAGCUCAAGUACAUCCUGAAAGCGUUGCCGUGGUUACUGAACUCGCUGGGCUGUGCAGCCCUGGACACUGCUAUUCUGCUGCUGCUGUGCUGCACGAAGUACACUGCCAGCCAGCAGACAGACCUUGAGAGAACCAGGGGAGCCGAUACUCAGGCUCUGCUAGCCCAGUCUGUCCUGGGAGUAGGGGAAGAGGAGGAGGAGGAGGAGGACGAGCUGCACGUGAAAUCAAACAAAAAAGCAAAAGCGAGACGCAGGGAUUCUGACUGGAUACCACUUAAUACACUCCCUAACAACCGCUACCUACACAGAAUGGCUGAGAUUGGACAUUUCAUGGACCUGAGCAUCGAGCCAGUGCAGGAGGUUCCAUUCGGAGCGAUAAGGCUCCCAGGGGAGGGAGAGGUUAGCCCCACAGAGAUCUCCAAGGACCCUGAACCGCCAGCCUACCCUCCCCUGAAGGUGAUCCGUGCUACCCUCUCUUCCUCCUCCUCCUCCUCCGGUAGCGUCUCAGGUGGUCCCUCCAUGACCUCAGAGCUCGAGCAAAAUUAUUUGGAAGCCCUAAACAGAGAACAGUGGGACUUUGAAGACGUGACUGAGGAUUGGAGCAAAGAUAAGAGGCCACAGAACGUGGGUGUGUCCCAGGAGGUCUUCCCCAUCCAGGACUGGGCAAGCCUGCCCCUGGACAACUCUGUCAUCCAAACAGAAUCUGACUUCUGGUUCUGUCACGGAAAUGUCGAAAUGACGGAGGAGAGAGCUGCUGCCAUCCUGGCAGACUAUGAGAGGGAGAAUCGAAGAAGUGGAAAAUGAAAGGGAGGGGUGGGGGGUGGGGGGGUGGGGGUUCUAGUUUUAUACAUAAAGAAGACGUGCAUCCUGAAUGUGUCCUUCAUGGAGAGAAGAGGACCAAGGUGUAUAAUUUUAGCUUUCAGAUUGUUAACCAAAUGACUGUGACAAGCCAUUUAAUAGAAGUGCUGGGGAUCCCUAGCUAGCUCACGGAUUUAAAGUGCUCGGGAAUAGGAUUUAUUCCGGCAACCUGUUUAAUUUAACAGGGACCUAUCUUAUUGGUGACAGGGAGGAACUGGUUUUGACUUUCUAGGUUUUUUUAUUCUUUUGUAAAAAAAAAAAAAAAAAAGGGGGCUACAGUGGGUUUAAGUGUCAACUGAUGCACUUUAAAAAACAGUUUUGAUGCCUGGAUGGUAUGCAAAGAGAAGCAAGACCCUAACCAAGUCUUAUAUUGGCUGUCCAUAGAGACACACACCACUACUGUAGUACUACAGGAUUGGAAAUAAGAUUCCUAUUGCAUAGCAGUUUCACCCAUUCCAGGUUUUAAUAUGUACUUGCUUAGCCGCAGUGUGCUCAGGUUUGUCUUAUUAAACUCAUAGUAAAACCAGGAAUGGAUCAGACUGCUAUGCAAUGAGAGUCAUAUUUCCAUCACUGUACUGUAGCACCAUAGACUAUAGCUGUGAAGUCAUUUAUCUAGGGACUUGUGUAGGUUUGAAUUACCUAGCAUAGGGCCUAGGCUUUAUAUUUCCUGCAUCUAUGACUGUGUUGUUUUUGGCUUUCCUUUUGUCACAGAAAUAAAACCAAAAGCUUUCAUCUAA